UGUAACAAUCUCGCUCUCCCUUUCCGCCCUCUUCUCAACGGUGGGAAAAUAUCACUCAGCAUUCAUAUCGCUUCACUGUUGAAUUCCAACACUUUGCAUUUCCGAACAAACUCUUUCUUCUACGCCCUCUCUCUCUUGCACAUCAAUGACGGACGUUACCGACGACAUCGCGGAGGAGAUAUCGUUCCAGAGCUUCGAGGACGAUUGCCGUCUUCUGCAGAGCCUUCUCAACGAUGUGCUUCACCGGGAGUUGGGCCCGAAGUUCAUGGAGAAAGUUGAACGGACUCGUUGUCUUGCUCAGAGUGCAUGCAACAUGAGAAUAACAGGGAUAGAGGAUACGGCAGAGCUUUUGGAGAAACAAUUAGCUUCAGAAUUGUCUAAAAUGACACUUGAGGAAGCUCUGUCUCUCGCUCGUACAUUCAGUCACUAUCUUAGUUUGAUGGGAAUUGCAGAAACACAUCACAGAGUGCGGAAAGCACGAGGUGAUCCACAGCUAUCCAAAUCUUGUGAUGACACUUUCAACCAACUACUUCAAAGUGGUGUUACCCCUGAUGAACUGUACGACACUGUUUGUAAGCAGGAGGUUGAGAUUGUACUUACUGCACAUCCCACACAAAUAAACCGUCGUACAUUACAGUACAAACACAUUCGAAUUGCGCACCUAUUGGAGUACAAUGAACGGCCUGAUCUUGGGAUCGAAGAUCGAGAUAUGCUUAUUGAAGACUUGGUGAGAGAGAUAACAUCAAUAUGGCAAACAGAUGAGCUGAGGCGCCACAAACCUACCCCAGUUGAUGAAGCUCGAGCUGGCCUGAAUAUUGUUGAGCAGACUCUCUGGAAAGCAGUGCCACAUUAUCUUAGGCGUCUCAGCAUCGCUUUAAAAAAGCAUACUGGAAGACCUCUUCCAUUGACAUGCACACCAAUAAAAUUCGGGUCUUGGAUGGGGGGUGAUAGAGAUGGAAAUCCUAAUGUGACAUCAAAGGUGACAAAAGAUGUCUCUCUCUUGUCCAGAUGGAUGGCAAUUGAUCUUUAUAUAAGAGAAAUUGAUACUCUCAGGUUUGAACUUUCAAUGAAUCAAUGCAGCGAUAUAUUAUCAAGAUUGGCACAUGAAAUCUUAGAAAAAGAAAACGCAUCCCCGGAUCGCAAUGACAGGAAUCAGCCUUCAAUUUUGACUCAGUCAAAGAACCAAGGCCACCAUUCUCUGCCUUUUCCAUCGCAGCUCCCAACUGGAGCUGAUCUACCCUCUUGCACAGAAUGCAAUGAUGUUGAAUGUCACUACCCUCGGUUGGAUAUUCCUGGGUCUGAAUUCAAGCCAUAUAAUCGUCAGGAUAGUCAAUCUACAUCCAUAAAUCUUUCUACAUCUGACUCCCUCAGACCUAUCCAAAAAACUAAUUCUAAUGGCAAUGCUCCAGCAGCUGGAGUUUCACGGGUUGCUUCCUUUAAUUCCAGUCAGCUUCUUACCCAAAGGAAACUUUUUGCCGAGUCUCAGGUUGGAAGGACCAGUUUCCACAAGCUUCUUGAACCAAGCCCGUCCCAGAAACCUGGGUUAGCUCCUUACCGGAUUGUCCUAGGACAUAUAAAAGAGAAGCUCCUGAACACGCGGAGGCGGCUUGAACUACUACUUGAGGAUCUUCCUUGUGACUAUGACCCUUGGGAUUAUUAUGAAACAUCAGAUCAGCUUCUUGAACCAUUACUACUCUGCUAUGAUUCACUGCAAUCAUGUGGAUCUGGGGUUCUAGCUGAUGGUAGACUUGCUGACUUGAUCAGGCGAGUUGCUACUUUUGGGAUGGUAUUGAUGAAGCUUGACCUUCGACAGGAAUCAGCACGGCACUCUGAAGCACUUGAUGCCAUUACAAACUACCUGGACAUAGGAACAUAUAAUGAGUGGGAUGAAGAGCGCAAGCUGGAGUUUCUAACUAUGGAGUUGAAAGGGAAGAGGCCUUUAGUCCCUCCAACUAUACAGGUUGCUCCUGACGUCAAAGAAGUGUUGGACACUUUUAGGGUUGCAGCUGAAUUAGGGAGUGACUCACUUGGAGCAUAUGUCAUCUCCAUGGCAUCACAUGCUAGUGAUGUCCUUGCAGUGGAGCUUUUGCAGAAGGAUGCACGUCUUGCUGUUGCUGGUGAGCUGGGCAAACCAUGUCCUGGUGGAACCUUGCGAGUGGUUCCUCUGUUUGAGACUGUGAAAGACUUGAGAGGAGCUGGGUCAGUUAUCAGGAAAUUACUAUCCAUUGAUUGGUAUAGAGAGCACGUCAUAAAGAACCACAACGGACACCAAGAGGUAAUGGUUGGCUAUUCUGACUCUGGUAAAGAUGCUGGCCGUUUCACUGCUGCUUGGGAGCUAUACAAAGCUCAAGAAGAUGUUGUAGCUGCAUGUAACGAAUAUGGUAUUAAAGUCACUUUGUUCCACGGUCGUGGGGGAAGCAUUGGCCGUGGCGGCGGCCCCACAUAUCUCGCCAUCCAAUCACAGCCACCUGGUUCUGUUAUGGGAACACUCCGGUCAACGGAACAAGGAGAAAUGGUUCAGGCGAAAUUCGGACUACCUCAGGUGGCCGUUAGGCAACUUGAGAUCUACACAACAGCAGUACUACUUGCCACUUUGAGGCCACCACAACCGCCAAGGGAACAAAAGUGGCGCAAUCUAAUGGAAGACAUUUCAAACAUCAGUUGCAACAGUUACCGAAGCACGGUGUACGAAAACCCAGAGUUCCUCACUUACUUCAAUGAGGCCACACCCCAAGCGGAGCUUGGGUACCUCAACAUAGGAAGCCGACCGUCUAGAAGAAAGAGCUCAGCCGGCAUAGGGAAUCUCCGCGCAAUCCCAUGGAUAUUCGCCUGGACCCAAACUCGCUUCGUCCUCCCUGCUUGGCUUGGGGUCGGGGCGGGCCUGAAGGGGGUUUGCGAUAAAGGACACACCGAUGACCUAAAGGAAAUGUAUAAAGACUGGCCGUUCUUUCAAUCGACUGUGGAUCUUAUAGAGAUGGUUUUGGGGAAGGCAGACAGUCCUAUGGCGAAGCAUUAUGACGAAGUGUUGGUGUCUCCAGACCGACAAGCACUUGGUUCAGAGCUGAGGAGUGAACUAAUGAAGACAGGGGCUUACGUGUUGUUGGUGACGGGACAUGAGAAGCUGUCGGAGAACAACAAGAGUCUUAGGAGGCUGAUAGAGAGCAGGCUUACGUAUCUGAACCCUAUGAACAUGCUUCAGGUGGAGAUAUUGAAGAGGUUGAGGAGUGACGAUGAUAAUAACAAACUACGGGAUGCUUUGCUAAUCACCAUCAAUGGAAUUGCUGCUGGGAUGAGGAACACAGGAUGAGCUGAGGAUGCACUCCGACACUCGGAUUGCAAAAGAUUCAUGAAUAUUGUUAGUACUAUCAUGUUAUAUUAAAAAUAGUGAAUGCUGCCUGGUUUAGCAGGUAUGUACUACAUCCAUAUAUAUGCACUUACGAUUUGAUUAUGCAUUUAUGCAGUUAUUGAACUCGGUUCUUCUCAAGGAUGUGUUUCAUUACUUAUUAAAGAG